GGGUUUGACUUUAUCAUUAGCCGGUUCUUGAUAAUAUUUAAGAUUUAUAACAGACCACAAGUUAUUGUUUUCCUUAAAAAAUUGUUUUUUUCUUUUCGUUACUUGAAUAUUUGUGUUAACGUCGAAAAUUAAUACUUUAAAAUGACGUUGAUUGUAGAAAAAACCAUGUUGACUGAUAUGGAACAAAUGCCCUCCCUCAAACUCGGAGAUUUCGUCUUACAAUUUGAGCUUGGGCCCCCAGCACCAGAAAUCCAAGAAGUUGCUAAAAAAGAAUUACGUGAAACACCAGAAAUUCAAAGGAAAGCAGUAGAAGAAUUAAAAGAAUUACUCAAAAAAGACACAGAUCUGAAAUGUCCACUACAUAAUGAGUCAUGGCUCAUAAGAUUUCUGCGACCGUGCAAAUAUUAUCCAGAGUCAGCCCACAAACUCGUACGAGAAUAUUAUUCAUUCAAAGUAAAACAUGCAAAUGUAUAUGAUGGAUUAAAACCAAGUCGUGAAAAAAAUAUAUUUGAGCACAAUAUUUUAACUGUACUUCCUAAUCGUGAUCAACACGGACGUAGAAUAUUGAUUAUUGAACUUGGAAAAAAAUGGAAACACAAUAAAGUAUCUUUGGAUGAAGUAUUCAAAGGAUGUGUAUUGUACUUAGAAGCAGCCAUGCUAGAACCAACAUCACAAAUUGCUGGUGCGGUAGUAAUAUUUGAUAUGGAUGGCUUGAGUUUGCAACAAACUUGGCAAUUUACUCCGCCAUUUGCUAAAAGAAUUGUUGAUUGGCUUCAAGAUGCAGUACCAUUAAGAAUUAAAAAUAUUCAUAUUAUUAAUCAACCAUAUGUUUUUAAUAUGGUAUUUGCGUUGUUUAAACCUUUCCUCAGGCAAAAGUUGAAGGAUAGAAUUAUUUUCCACGGUACUGAUCGUAAAUCUCUACACAAGUAUUUAUCUCCAAAAUGUUUACCUGAGUGCUAUGGUGGAACUCUUUCAAUUCCAAGAGUCACAGGAGCGCAAUGGCUUGAAUUAUUAUUAAUGUGUGAUCAAGAAUAUGAAGCAAUUAAUUCAUAUGGCCUCAACAAGAAUUAAUGUAAUCUUCUAAAAAAUUUAAAUAAAAGUAAAAAAUUAUGUGUAGAUAACAGGCUUAUGUUCCAUAAAUAAAGCAUAAGCCUGUCAAUAAGUAAAAAUAAUAUGAAAUUAUCAAUGAUCAAAUAUUUGUUUUGAUCUAAUAUAAAAGUUUUUUGAUACUUACUGUUUGUACAAGUAAAAAAAAUUGAUAUUAAAAUUAGCUUUUAAAGAUAAACAGUUGGAAUUUUCGAUCUAAAUCUUUAGUUUAAAAAAUAUUAUACGUGGUCUGUAAAGUUAUGUUCUUUAAAAAUAUUAAAAAUUUAUCUAUGUUUCUUUAUUACUCAAAUUUGUGAUAAUAAAUCAUGCGCAGGCACAAUUUUUCCAGAAGCGAAUGUCAAAGUUGUAGAAUCAAUUUAAGCUGUUUAAUUUUUAUUUAUAGUUUUUAGAGUAAUUUCCGUGUGUGAUGUGGAAAUGAAUAUUAUGUAGAGUGUAUAACAACUAACAAUUAAACAUUCAAAUUAUUAUAACGUGAGUAUAAUGUAAUUAAAGUAUCAAAAUUUUGAUUUUGUAAAAAUUUAUAAUUUCUAUGUAGCGGAAUUUAUAUAAAGUGCAAUUACUAACUUUUUUGAAAGUAUCUUAAACUCAUAUUAACAAACCCUGAAUUUCGAGUAUGGGAAGAGUAGAAAUGUACUUAGAAUAGAGUCAAAUAAAUUCCUUUUAGACAGAAAUCAUAAUAUCAGUACGAAAAAAAAUAUAUUAUUAAGGGAUGUGUUGUUUUUUAAAAACUAUGCUUUCAUAAUUUUGUCUGAUUGGUAUCCAAUUAAACAAAAUUAUAUAUUUUAUGAUGAUUCUUUUCUAAGGGAUCGAAUUUAGUUAAACAGCAUAUAAGUUUUUUAAAUCUUUAUGAACAGUAAAAUCACGUUAAACUUUUAACUAAGUUAAUUAAGAGAGUAAAAUAGGUGAUUUUCAAAUGAACCGUUUUCAUAGACAAAGACCCAAAUCAUUAAAUAAAAUAUUUCAUUCGAAGCGUAAAGUUAUUAUUUAUCAAACGAAAUGCUUCUCGUUCGGAAAUUUCAGUUUAUAUCUGAGAACGGCUCAUUUGAAAUUCCCAUUUGCUAAUGUAAGUGCAACAAGGACCGUUUCGUUUGUUUACAUGUGUGUGAGAAAGAGAACAGAUGGCAUAUCCUCUUAAAUCAGUCCUGAGAAAAUGUUGAUCUAUUUUCACAUUUUUUAAAUACAUUCUGAAAAGAAUUUUGAUAACAAUUCGAUUUUUAAAGAUUUUAGUAUUUUAGUAAUAAUUACCUAUCUUAAAAUUAUAUAUGAAAUGUAAUGAGAGAUUACAAUUAUUUCUCAGCGUCCGUUAUACACUCGUAUAUGAGUGGUUGUGUGUGCUAUGUUUACUUAAAUUUAAAUAAAAGUUGCUCAAAAAAUUUUAAAUUUAUUAAAUAAAAAUUUAUUACAUAA